AUGUAAUCCAAACAAGAAUCUUUUGAUAGUGAAAUGACGGAAUAUCUCUAAAUUGAACAAGAAGUAGAGCUCAAAUAGCUCUUCAAGCAUCUCAAAAUUCAAAACUCACAAGUUUCAAAUAAACAAUCCAAAAAAAUAAAGAAAUUUAAGUUAAACAUACAAACUAAUUCCAUCAUCUAACGUAGAAGUAUUAACCUCAGUCAAAUUUGA